GUAAAAUAUCCACGAUGAAAUAUCUGGCAAGGUAAAGUGCCCAUCUCUCAGCUCAUUGCUAGUAGAGUUUUCGCUCUUUCAUUUCUCCAGCUGGAAUACGAAUACCCAUCUCGUUUUACUUCGUUAAUCUCUCUCUCUCUCUCUCUCUCUCACACACACACACACACAUGUGCAUGUAGUCCUUGUUGCGUAGAGCAGGCAGAACGAUGAGUGGCGGCGUAUUGGUGGGGUUUCACCAGUUCUGUUUCCCUGGCCGCUCUGAAUCACCAAAAUUUCCAGACAACAAAACCCAUUCCCUUCCGUUGGAGAGAAGGUGCCCCUGCACUAGAUUGCGGUUGGAUUCCAAAAGGGGCAAUCUUGUUUCUUCAUCUAUGAUUGCCUUCGCUUCUUCUGCUUCUGUCAGCGGAUCCGGCGCAGAGUAUUCCGAGCAAUUGUUGGGAACAAAACCAGAGCAAAAAAAGAAGAAAAUAGCUGGGAUAGACCAAGACGAAUUACUGGAUCCUGCACUUUUAGCCGAUCCAGACAGUUGUUUUUGCGAGUUCAAAGGGGUACAAAUACACCACAAGAUAUGCGAUGCCGAAUCAGUCGCACAAAACUUAUUACAGGAACAAAUUGCUUCUCAAAUUCCUUCCCAAACUAAGCAAAUGAGCCUUCCUAUGAUUCUGAUGCACGGCUUUGGAGCCUCUGUCUUCUCAUGGCAUCGAGUUAUGAAGCCUUUAGCACACGUCACCGGAGCAAAAGUGCUUGCCUUUGAUAGACCUGCCUUUGGAUUGACAUCAAGGGUGAAUCCGCAUGAGCAUUCACCUUCUAGUAGUGAAGAUAGGAAACCUUUGAAUCCAUACUCCAUGGUAUUUUCUGUGCUAGCUACAUUGUUCUUCAUCGACUUAUUAUCAGCUCAGAAGGCAGUUCUGAUGGGGCAUUCAGCUGGUUCUCUUGUAGCAGUUGAUACAUAUUUUGAAGCACCUGAACGCGUUGCUGCUCUAAUCCUUGUUGCCCCUGCAAUUCUAGCUCCAUUGAAUAUACGUAAAGUUGUCAAAGAAAAUCAAUCCGGAAGAGACACUCAAAGGCAGGAAGAAAUCUCCUAUUCAAAUAUUCAUGGAAAUCCAUUUAUUAGGCUUGGUAACGUCUUGUCAGAGUUCUUCAAAUACAUUGCCCAGGCGAUAAUGCAUUUGUUUAAAGGGAUGGGAGUAAUGGUUAACUCUCUCUACAAGAAGGCUUUAUCUGCAAUUCUGCGGUCUUCCUUGGGUGUGAUGUUGACAAGGAUGGUGAUAGAUAAAUUUGGCAUAGCUGCUGUUCGAAAUGCAUGGUAUGAUUCAAAUCAGGUCCCUGAACAUGUCUUGCGUGGAUAUACAAAGCCGCUGAGGGUAAAGGGUUGGGACAAGGCCCUUGUGGAAUUCACGGCGGCAAUGCUUGCAGAUUCGUCAUCUGAAUCAAAGCCACCACUGGCGAAUAGGCUCAAUGAAAUCUCAUGUCCAGUUCUGAUUGUCACCGGCGAUUCUGACCGGCUUGUCCCCUCUUGGAAUGCCGAGAGACUUUCCCGAGCCAUACCCGGGUCUUGCCUAGAAUUAAUCAAGAAUUGUGGCCACUUACCCCAAGAAGAGAAGGCUGAAGAAUUUGUAUCGAUUGUUGAAAAGUUUCUAAAUAGAGUUUUUGGGCGUUCACAGGAGCAAUAUUUGCAAGCAGCCAUUUGACUGUUUAUGUGCUAUUAUACACCCCAAAUUGUUUCUGUUCUAACCGCAGGUUGGUGGGUUAUCAAUCAGCUGAAAGAACUAAUUCAGUAAUUCAUAGGAUCCGGUUGCUGUAAGUAUGAACCCUAGUUUGGAUAUUCUUAACAUUAGUCAUAAAUUGUGUUCCAAAUACCAGAAUAAAUGUCGCAUGAAAUAUAAUCAUCUGUCAAGAUGGCAGACUCAUUUUUGUACCAUCAUCAAUAGGAUCAACUGUAACAAGUCAAAUGCUCACUUCUCGGUAAUACAGAAAUGAAAAGUAUUAUCUGAACUGAAAGCUGGGACAUGCUGUUUCUGCGAAUGUAAUUCAUUCAAAUUCCAUCCAACAAAAGAGAAGAAAUAUAGAAUGCCUAACAAAUACUUGAACAGUAUGACAAAAAAAACCGAUCACCAUCUCAUGUCACAACAUAAUUUUACACAGGCUGCUUUGUUUGUCAGAAAGGAGGAUCAGUUACGAUGGUAAGACUAGCAUCUUGAAACCCCGCUGGAACAUCAAAUCCUGAUAUAAAAUCAUCACCAAAGAUCACAGCACCGGCUGCUAAUGCUCCAGCA